ACACACACACACACACAUAUAUAAGAUUGUAUGUAUAUAUGGAGGAGCAAGGAUUAGGCAUGAUGGGCUCGGGCAGCCGAAUAAAUGACGUGGCAGUGUCGGGCGAGAUGAGCCACCGGAUUAAGGCGGAGAUCGUCACCCACCCGAUGUACGAGCAGCUUUUGUCUGCACACGUGGCGUGCCUACGUGUCGCCACGCCCAUAGACCAGCUGCCGCUCAUCGACGCCCAGCUGGCGCAAUCUCACCACGUCAUGCGGUCUUACGCUCAGACUGCGGCGGCUCUUUCGAUUCCGCCGCAUGAAAGGCAAGAGCUCGACAAUUUUUUGGGACAAUACUUGUUAGUUUUAUGCUCGUUUAGAGAUCAGCUGCAGCAACAUGUGAGGGUCCAUGCUGUUGAAGCUGUCAUGGCCUGCCGUGAAAUUGAACACAAUUUACAAUCUCUCACAGGGGCAACAUUGGGCGAAGGAAGUGGCGGAACAAUGUCGGAUGAUGAAGACGAGCUUCAAAUGGAUUUCUCGUUGGACCAAUCGGGAGCAGACGGGCAGGACCUCAUGGGAUUCGGCCCUCUGCUUCCGACCGAAUCCGAGAGGUCUUUAAUGGAUCGAGUGAGGCAAGAACUCAAGAUCGAGCUCAAACAGGGAUUCAAGUCGAGAAUCGAGGAUGUAAGAGAGGAGAUAUUGAGAAAACGAAGGGCGGGAAAACUACCGGGGGACACGACCACCGUGCUAAAAAACUGGUGGCAGCAGCACGCCAAGUGGCCUUAUCCAACCGAGGACGACAAGGCAAAGCUGGUCGAGCAAACGGGUUUGCAGCUGAAGCAAAUCAACAAUUGGUUCAUCAACCAGAGGAAGAGAAACUGGCACACCAACUCGCAAUCGGCUUCAUCCCUAAAGUCCAAGCGCAAGAGAUAGGCCGACUCCAAAUAAAUGUGUCUCGACCGACCAAAAUCCUAUGCGUUACGAAUGUGAUUAGGAUAUAGCAUCUGGUUUCCGAACCAAAGAUACUUACAUCGUGAAGCCAAUGGGGAGCUAAUGGGAUAGGAUUUUAUAAGCGUAUAAUGUUGCUAGAUUUUGAAAUAUUUUACCUUUUUAAUUUUUGCAAAUUGAGGCUUGUAUCUAGGUUAUAAUGAUGUACUACCUUUCAAUGCAACACCACAUUUACUUGAAUUGCAAUUUAAGGAUAGUUUUUAAUGUUGAAAUAUUUUACCUUUUUAAUUUUUGCAAAUUGAGGCUUGUAUCUAGGUUGUAUAUGAAGAUAUAUAUUUUUGUAUGUGGCUUGUACAAAAAAUAAUUAAAAAUAUCAAUUCCAACUCAUUUAUUA